AUGGCCCAAGGAUUACUUAAAAAGGCAAAGCCUAACACGGGGGCUAAGUCGAAGCGCCCCGCCGCCCUCGGUCCUAAGCCCGGCCCGCGCCAAAUCGCACCCAAGAAGAAUACCCUCGUUAAGCAGCAGAAGAUGACCAGGAAACUCACGGCCGGCUAUACGGCGAAGACGGAGCGUAAUCUUGCGUCUAAGGCGGGGCAUUUGGAGAUGUUGGCUGGUGGAAAGAAGGAUAAGAAG